ACGCUGCUAGGGUUUCUCCUCCGCCGUCGUCUCCUCCCCGCUUCACGUCCGCCGCCCCGGAGAAGGUAAGUUCAAGAAGCAGCCCUGUGAAGCUCCGAUGGCUCCUAAAGCUGCUCCUGCCAAGAAGGGUGAUGCCAAGGCCCAAGCCUUGAAGGCUGCCAAGGCUGUUAAGUCUGGGACAGCCAAGAAGACGACCAAGAAGAUCCGCACGUCCGUGACAUUUCACCGCCCCAAGACCCUGAAGAAGGCUAGGGACCCCAAGUACCCCAGAGUUAGUACCCCUGGAAGGAACAAGCUUGAUCAGUACCAAAUCCUGAAGUAUCCUCUUACAACUGAGUCCGCAAUGAAGAAGAUUGAAGACAACAACACUCUGGUCUUCAUUGUUGACCUCAAGGCUGACAAGAAGAAGAUCAAGGCUGCUGUGAAGAAGAUGUAUGACAUUCAGGCAAAGAAAGUGAACACUCUGAUCAGGCCUGACGGGAAGAAGAAGGCUUACGUGAAGCUGACACCAGACUAUGACGCUCUUGACGUGGCCAACAAGAUUGGCAUCAUCUAAGUUAGGGUGCUGCAAUAGUCAUCUGUGUCGCGGUCUUUAUGUGAUUGGAGUUUUGUAGCUAUUACUUAGCGAAAUGCCUCAGUGGCUAAGUUAUCACUAUUUUGCUGCACACUUCCAUGAAUUUGAUAUAAUGCAAGUGACUUGUCAUCAGCUAAUAUGUGCUUUGCAGUUAA